GCGCAAGGUCCGGAACAAUACCUCGUGCCCCGGUCUUUUGCUGUCGUCUGCAGUCGGCAUCUUCUGUCAGUCGGCCAUCCGCCCAGCUGUCGCGAGUCUACGGUGCUGAAGAAGCUCCAGCUGGAUUACACUAGUGUCGUUUUCGAGCCCAUGUUUGACUUCCAGGGAAUGACGGAUUGUAUUCAAAGGGGUUGACUGGACCAUUCGCAUGAUGGCAGCAUUCGUAUCAUCUGGUGAGCGCCUCUUUCAUCAUGAUCAGAAGCACCAGCUGUCUGACUGUACGUUCCAACGUGUUGAGCCCGGAUCACUUGCCGCUGCCGAUGCUCAUUGUCGGAUGGGUCAGCGGGCCAGUCGCGCGGCUGACGUGAGGCAGUGCUGAACUAUUCCAGGCGGAUUACUCUCGUGAUCCUUCUGAUCUCACAGUGAAAUCCGGCUGAUGAGACACCGUCGCCAAAGCGCCACGUGCCAUGGUCUUGUUCCGCUGACAACAUCAAGUCAGCGAGCCGUGCGCCUGGCAUGAUGUGUUCUUAGGAUCAUCUCUGCCGGAUUAUAAUCGUGCUGCUUUCAGCAACCGACGGGUUUCCAGCGGAUGACGGCUUACCGCGAAAGGCUGCCACAGUCUUUCAAGAUGCAGUCUAUUGCUGCAGUUGAGCGCCACUUACUUCGGGGUCGUCAGGAAGAUCCAGCCGCCUGCUAGCGGCGUCGGGCACCGACCGCAACAGUCAGAGAGCGGACGGAGGCGAUGACGACCGGUCGGCGGCGCUGAUGGACGAACCGCCUGCCGACACGGCUCCGGUGCUGGCCAUGGACACGGCGGCGGUCGCCGGGCAGGCCGCCAGGACCCUAGGCUCGCCACAGCUCAGGGUUCCCGCGGCGACCACCCUUCAGGUGCCCCGGCACCGGAGCCUGCCCAAUGAUGGACAGGUGGCACCGCGCACUUCGGAGCAGCCCGGUGACCUGGAGCUGCUUGAAAAUGGUGUUCCAAGCCCGUCCAACCGAAGCAGCACAUGCUCGGAAAUUGUGCGCAUCGAGCAGAUGGCCAGUGACCAGGACUCGCCGCCGGAGACCAAGCUUGGCAAAUACAUCGGCAGAAUCAGGGGCCUUAAGAAAUGGGCAGUGCGCCACAAAAAGGCGAAGGAGCCCGAUCGACCAGAUUCGUUCUUGGAGAAGUUCGCCAUGGGACAAGCAGCGGACGAAGCACCGGAACGAUCAAAAGGGGAGGAAACAAAGCAAAGCUUCUUCCAGAAGCAUGGCCGUUCAUUUGUCGUGGACCCCGCCGAGAACUUCCACUACCGCUGGCUAUCCGUAAUCAGCGCCGCAGUUCUUUACAAUGUGCUUGUCAUCGUGGGUCGCAGUGUGUUCUGGGAACUGCAGAACGCCAUGCCUAUCGCUUGGUACGUGUUUGACUACACCUGCGACGGCAUCUACCUCCUCGACAUGGUCUUCCACGGCAGAACAGGAUACCUUGAGCAAGGCCUUCUCGUCAGGAACACUCGCAAGCUCCUGAAAAGGUACAUAGAGUCGCUGCACUUCAAGCUAGACCUCAUCAGCCUGGUUCCUACGGACAUAGCAUACUUCUUCCUUGGUGUCCAGUGCAAUGUGCGCGUGCCGUGUACAGUGAUUGUGCGGCUGAACCGCCUCUUCCGCGCCUACCGAAUGCAGGAAUUCUCGGAUCGGACCGAGGCCCGCACAAACUUUCCGUACGCAUUCCGCAUCGCCAAGCUUAUUUUCCUCAUAUUGGUGAUCAUCCACUGGAACGCGUGCCUAUACUUCGCCGUCAGCUACGCUAUAGGCUUCGGCACAGAUAACUGGGUGUACAAGAACAUUAGCCUGCCCGUGUACGGCACACUGCGGCAUCAGUACAUCUACAGUUUCUACUGGUCAACGCUGACCCUGACAACCAUAGGUGAAGUGCCUAUUCCGGAGAAGGACGCGGAGUACGUGUUCGUCGUCAUUGACUUUCUUGUUGGCGUGCUAAUCUUCGCCACCAUCGUCGGUAAUGUGGGCAGCAUGAUCACUAACAUGAAUGCUGCGAGAGCUGACUUUCAACACCGCAUGGACAGCGUGAAGCAAUACAUGGAGUUCAGAAAAGUGAGUAAAGAGCUGGAGAACCGGGUCAUAAAGUGGUUCGACUACCUCUGGACAAACAAGCAGUCAUUGGACGAAGAUAAGAUUACGUCGAUGCUUCCUGACAAACUGAAAGCUGAGAUCGCGAUCCACGUACAUUUGGAUACAUUGAAAAGAGUGAAACUCUUCCAAGACUGCGAGCCGGGACUUUUGGUGCAGUUAGUGUUGAAGCUGAGGCUUCAAGUAUUUAGCCCUGGAGACUACAUCUGCCGCAAGGGUGACGUCGGCAAGGAGAUGUAUAUUGUAAAAAGGGGAAAACUGAGCGUGGUUGGUGACGACGGGCGGACUGUGUUUGCCACCUUGAGUGACGGUAGCGUGUUCGGGGAACUCAGCAUACUGAACAUUACUGGCAACAGGACAGGAAACCGUAGGACGGCGAACGUUCGCAGCGUAGGCUACUCUGACCUUUUUUGCCUCUCCAAAGAGGACCUCUGGAUAGUACUGGAGGAAUAUGCGGAGGCUAAGAAGAUGCUGAUCGAAAGAGGACGCAGCAUACUGCGCCGUGAUGGCCUGUUGGACGAAGACGCCGUCAAGGCUUCUGAGAAAGAACAGGAGUCUCUGCAGGGAAAGUGUGAUCGGCUCGAGAAAGCAUUAGACAACCUUCAAACGCGAUUUGCCCGGCUUCUGGCCGAGUACAUGGCCUUCCAGGUGAAGAUGAAACAACGCAUAAGCAGACUAGAAGGGCGCGCAGACGUCGAUGACAACGUACCAGUCACUGUGGAUGAUGACGAUGACGCUGCCAGUCAAAGCAGCCAGCUGUGAUGUUGUCUGACUUCAAUGGCUGAAUGCUUUGUGCUGAAUGGACGGGUUAAUUCAUCUAAACACUCAUGUAUCUAGUAUCACAAUGUUAGAUUUUGCAGAGUUGAAUCUGUUUAGUCUAUAGUUUGAAUGUUAGGAGCGGUAAUCAUUGUUACCACGCUUUUCUAUAUUGCGAUAUUACUGCGUGUGUUUUAAAGUAAUUUUAGUAUAACUUGAGCAUAAACGCGAUUGGGAAGUCUUUCACAGCAACAAAACAAAAAAAGAAAAGAAAAUCUAACCAUUGUUGAACGCUCAAGUUAGGUUACACGAUGUGGUAUCUACGUCAGUAUCUACGUCUUACACUAAGCAGUAUCUAAAAAAAGGCAUGAACCGGACCCCAUGAGCAUAAAAUCUGCUGUUUGAUGCUAUUUUUUCCAAUCAAAGAGUCAUAUACAAGU